AUGAUGGUUACUAAAAUUAUUAUCUUUUUCGCUUUCAUUAUCUGCGCACAUGCUUCACCCGUUUCUUCAGAUUUGGAAGAAUCGAAUGAUUUUGAAGAGGAUCCAAUUGGCUACGUCCACGAUACAGUUAUCGAAUUCAUACAUAGUUUGUUGGAUCAGGAAAACAAUCAAAUUGCUGAAGGCGUCGAAGUAAAUAGCAAUAAAUUAGUAGAAGCUUCACCAGAAGAAAGCCAAUCUAGAUCAGGAGGAAACUAUGAAGAGAAAAUUGAGGAAUACUUCAAGACUCAUGAUUUAUAUGUACCAUUCGUAGGAAAAGUUAGAAUCGAUAGUGAUAAUUUAGAAAAUGAUGAAGUUGGAUUGAAGAUUAAAUUUGGUGAUAAUAAUGUUAACGAGGUUAUAGCCGUUGCUGCGGCAGUGGCCAUUGAGCCUCUCGAGAAACAGGCCACAACGCAGCCUCCGGUACCAAAUCAGACCUUCUUGGACUUGCUGUUUCAAAGAUUGAGGAGCGAUUGCUCCAAUGGCAAUAUGUUCGCGUGUUUCCAGUACAAAGCUUUCAAAUUUUUAGACGUUAACUUCUGGAGGGAUCAUUUUCAGGUAGGAAAUAAUGGAACUAAUGGGAAUAAUGGAAAUAACGGAAAUAACGGAAAUAAUGGGAAUAAUGGAAACAACGGAAACAACGGAAACAACGGAAACAACGGAAACAACGGAAACAACGGAAACAACGGAAACAACGGAAAUAACGGAAAUAACAGAUAUUUUGGAAAUAGUGUGAUUUUGACCCCAAAUAAUUACCAAAUAGACGAAGAAUCGGCAAGAUCCGAUCUUAGUUGGGAAAAUGGCUUGGAGCAAUUCAUCAAAACACACGAUGUUACAUUUAAAAUUCCUUUCGUAGGGGAUGUUACAGUUGACUCGACUGCUUUAGAUAACGAACAAUUAGGAAUCAAGUUGAAUUUCGGAUCAGAUGAAGUAGAUGAAGGAAGAUCUCGCAAGAAGUCUAAAAUCAAGAAAAUCCUGAGCCCGAUCUUGAUCUUCCUCCUCCUCAAAGCGAUCACACUAGUACCUUUCGCCAUUGGAAUAUUGGGACUCAAAGCGUGGAACGGUCUUCAACUGGCCUUCAUCUCCUUCAUUAUAUCCACCGGCUUGGCAAUAUUCCAGUUAUGUCAGAAACUGGCGGAAAAUAACGCUCACGCUCAUGCCCAUAUAGCUUCUUCUCCAUUGGAAACUCAUUGGGCCAGGAACUUCGAGGGCGCUCAGAACUUGGCUUAUUCGGCCUACACCAAUUAA